AUCAAAACAAACUUCGAGCUGUCGUCACGAGAAAAAAAGGAGUGUUUGGUCGGGGGGAAAAACUAGAAAAUUGUGCAUUUAAUCGAGGAAAACUCCCUUCCACGGGGCUUAACUAUGGUGCAAAGUGCAGUUUAACCGCUUCCGGAGUGGAUUACGGUGUUUGCGCGCAAGAUGGAAUUCAAAUACGCCAGCUGGGUCGUGCUGAGUGUGGGUGUUUCCAUCAACAUUUUCGGGUUGUUUUGGUUUCUCGCCUUUGUUAUCGGUUUGGUGGCCUUUCUGGUUGGGCUGCUCACGAUCCUUUAUCUGCAACAUGGCGAUCUGGACAAGUUUCUCGACAGUGGACUGCUGGAGAAUCCCCUUGACGAACCGAAAACCCUCGGGUUAAGCAUUGUGUGCGAACAGAAGCCCAGUAGUAUGCUACUAAUCUCCCCCAACAUAAAAGUCCAAACCGAGUCCACGCGAAAGUCCAAGGGCCACGGGUCGUCGGGGUCCUCGUCCGACCAUGGCCGCCGGCGCAACCUGCUGGACGCCGGCAUGGACUUGCUGUUCAAGAACCGCCGAUCGGGCGAAUCCAGCUCAAGCUCGGGCCCGCUGGACGCCGGAACCGGAUCGUCCGGAAGUGGUUCCGGUGGUGGUGGUGGUGGUGGUUCGAUAACCGAUCAUCUCAUGCACAAGGGCCACUUGCACUUCCACCAAAGGGAUCAUACCAUUUUAGAUAGCAUGCCAACGACGGCUUCGAAGCAACCUUCUCCGACGGGGGGAGCAGCGGCCGGAGAGGAACGCAGCGGAUCGAGCCGCUGGGGACCGUUUCACAACAUUAAGAUUCACACCGACAAGGGCAAAUCGAUUCAGUUGCAGCAGCAGAGCAAGGAGCAGGGGGCGCAGGAGAGGCAGAACCGGAAGAAAGAGGGUUCCGUCCAGCUUGGCGAAGAGGUAACCGCAUCAACAACGAACUCCUCAUCCCACUCUCCACUAGCCUCGUUCAAGUCGUACAUCACCCAUCCGGAGAUCCUGCUGCACCACCACCGCGACUCUCCUCCCGGAUCCCCCCGCAAAAAGAAGAUCCUCAGCGGCAACAAAGCGGUAGACAAGCUGAUCCACACGCUGGUCGAUUACAUAAUCCGGGACUUUAUCGACUCGUGGUACACGGUCGUGUCGGAUAGUCGCGAGUUUAGCGACGCAAAUAUACGUAACAGUAUUGAGGGCUUGGUUUUGAACGUUUGUCAGCGGCUAAAGUCGGCGGAGUUGCUGCCGCUGAUGACGACCAAGCUGAUUGACGAUUUGGCACGGCACACGAGGUUCUACCGGUUGGCCAGCCAGGAUGUUAGCAGCAACGUGAAGCCACCGACGAGUGCGAACGAUCAGAAGCGGUUGAAGAUCCACGAGAAGUUGUCGCCGCAGAAGAAGAACCACCGCGGAAUGGGCGAUGGCCAUCGACGAAACAAGAGUGAAACGGAUUUGACGUGGCACUUGGGGAAUGCGGCGCUGCAGAAGAAUGUGGCGAAUUCCAAGUUUUACGGCGUUCAAGCGGAUGAGCAAUCGCUGGUGGAUCCGGAGGUGAUGUUGUUGAACUCGUUCUUUGGGUUUUGCGACGAGUACAAGAAGGAGUGCAUGGACGAGGAAGCAAUGCUGGAGUACUUUCAUCGGAUCGCCGAAACCGUGCUGUACUUUACCCUUCCAGAGGAGGACUUCAACUGCCAGACGUUGCGGGCUCUUCUGUGCAACAUCCUCGCGAAUACCGUGCUCCGACCGAUGGUGGCCACCCUGGCCGAUCCGGACUUUAUCAACCUUCAAAUCGCCAAACACGCCGCCAAAGAGGUCCCGGCCGGUGAGUUCCUGCUCAAGAUGAUCCGCCAGUCGAACGACCUGUCCGAGCUGAGGGCCUGUCGGCAGCUCAUCACCAAAGAAAUGGACGCCAAGCACAAGGACUCGAGCUACAGUGCCGAGCUGGCCAGCCUCAAGUACACGCAGAAGCUGAUCGAUCUGCGGAUUAGUCACCUCCAGAACAACAAAAGCGACCUUGGCAAAAGUGAGAAGGAAAAGCCCUGCUCGAGCCUGCCCCGGCUGAGUUUGGACGACAUUCUGCGCAAGGAGCUGGCCGUGUCGUACUAUCUGGACUAUCUGAGCGUGCUAAACCUGCAAAAGUAUGUGAUAUUUUACUUGACGGCGCAGGAGUGGAAAAUAACCACCAGCCAAAGCUUUUCGGAAGUGCAAAUCAACAAGUCGAAACCUAGCCGGGAGGAGGUGAUGCGGGUGAUACGGGAAAAGGCGAACAAUUUGUACCAGGAGUACCUAACCCCCAAAUCGCCAAACUACCUGAACAUCGACCAGGGCCUGAUCGAGGCGCUCGCGAUCCGCCUCCGGGACACGAUCGUCCAGCCGGAGAACACGUGGUUCGACUCGAUCUGCAAGUACGUGUACGAGAAGCAAAAGAACGAGGAGGUCUUCCUGAACAACUUCUACCAAAGCUCGGCCUACAAGCAGCUGCUGCGCGAGCUCGACUUUAGCAACGCCCAGGACCACGAGCUGCCCUCGCUGGAACAUCUGGGGGUGGGCGCUUCCGGCGGUCUCCUGCUGGUGGACAACCUCAGCGAUACCAACUCGGGCGAUUUGCGCUUCGACGAGACGGAUGAUGAUGGGGAUGGUGGGCCGCCGAGUGGGUUCUUCCAGAGUGACAUCAAGGAGGAGCAUGACGUGAGGGUUGGGGCGAAGACGGCGACGGCGACUCUGCUUCCGGCAGCGGUGGCCAACGUGAAGCACGCCCGGUCGCACAGCGACUGCACCGGCAUGUUCACCACCAUCAACGACAUCAACAUCGAACAGCUCAAGUCGUCGGACUGCUCGAGUAACGACUCCGGGAAUGAGUUGGCUUCGAAUUCCGUGGGUGUACCGACCAGCUUGGAUGGCAAUGGGAGCAGUAGCUUGCCGCAACCACCGAUCGAGAUACAUAUCGAUCACCACAAGGCGGACGACUCGCUGGUCUUUCGGCAGAAACUCUCCGCCAAGAUCAUCAACACGGCGAUCCACUGCGAGGGUCAGUACGCGGUGUACGCGAUCCAGGUGUGCGUCAUCGAGGACAACCAGCACAAGAGCUGGCACAUCUACCGACGGUACUCCAAGUUUCUCGAGCUGAAGAAGAUGCUGGUGAAGCGGUUCCCUACGCUGGGGAAGGUCCCGUUUCCGGCGAAGAAGGCCUUCCAGAACACGCAACGGGCCGUGCUGGAGCACCGGAUGGAGGUGCUUAACCUGUUUCUGCAGGAGAUUUGUGCCAAAGCGGAGACGAACGACGACAUGCGGGCGAUCGUGCGGAACUUCCUGGAGCCGGACACGGACGAUCGGCGGAUGCACGGCGGAGCGGUGGUGAAGACGAUCGAAAGCUUCAAAUCGGGCAUGAGCAAGAUCCGCAACAUGCCGGACUCGCUGGUCGGCGGCAUCUCGCGCAUCUUCCUCGGCAAGGGCCCCCUCAAGGAGCGCACCUUCUACGACAUCCAGGACAUCCCGACGCUGGAGCUGAAGCAGUCCGAGUAUCCGGCGCUGGCAUCCGCACUCAACCUGCUGGACGAGGUGUUCGACCUGCAGAACAAAUCCCAGUGGUUGCGGCGCGGCCUGAUCAACCGGUUGCUCGGAGCGCCCUGGGUAAGCCACGCAACCAACAAGAAGAUCGUCCAACUGGCCGGCUCGCUGCUCGCGAUGGACAAGGUCGAAGCGGUCCUGUCGGCGGUGCUCAACAACGUCUGGCCCGACGGCGAUCGCUUCAACCCGAAUCCUCCGCUCCGCGAGGACAGCACCAAGCUGCGUACCAAACUAGCGGCCAAAAUCGCCCUCUUUUCUCUGCUGUCGGACGACCUGAAGCACGUGGUCGGUUCGGUGACGUGCAACACGGGCCUGCUGAACUUUUUCCAAAUGUUGCAAAACAAGAAGCUUAACACGCGCCUCCUCCUCAUCCUGCUCGAUCACGUGCUGCGGGUGGCCUUUCACACCGACAACAUGACCAAGCAUGCCGGAGCGGCCUGCGGUGACGGGGACACGAUACGAAUCGGAACGCCGUCCGGAUCGGCUGCUGGGUCGAGGAAAUCUUCCAAGCAUUACUACUGAGAAGAGAACAUUCCGCCAUAAUGAAGAAGAACAAAAUCGUAGGUUAAAUUCAGCAUUACAAAUUCAAAGAACAAAGUAUAACAUUAGGAGAUAUUGAUACAACAGUGUUGUACCAUUGUAGCGAAUUAUUGCAUUACAAAAAGAGAGACGUAAACGGAACGGUAUUCAUCUUUGGUUUUAUCUGCACUCAUCCGCAAACACAACACGGCUUGUGAGCUGUUUAUGUUCUUAACCUUUUACAAAAUGUUGCAUUUUUUAAGGCAAUUGGCUAUACACGAUUUAUUUUUACAAAAAGAAGGUACUUUUAUUUUGUUCGUAGAUGUUUUAAUUUUUCCCCCUGUUGAAGAGAUAUUUACGUUGAGCUUACUUAUUAUUCGAGUAAAACUACAAGACUUGUCGAAAUAGAGACUAAUUCAAUUGUAACACU